CCGAUGGACCUGCUGACGCUGCAGAGCGCGUGUAAGCGCGACCCGGAGGGAUACGAGGAGGAUUUCGCGCUGCAGCUGCGACACUACGAGGCGCUGCGCGCGCUCUUCGCGAUGAAACCGUCGCGGGAUCAUAAGGAAUUCAGUGAGUUGGUGUCGUUCAUCGCGCACGUGAGCGUGGUGUAUAAGGAACAGACGAAAGGGUUCUCGAAAGGGGUGGUGGAGGUGCUGGAGCGACAUUACGCGAUACUGGACCCGCACUUGAGGAAGAAUUUGACGAGCGCGUUGAUUUUAUUGAGGAACAAGGGCGUGAUCGGUGUGGAGGUGACGCUGCCGUUGUUUUUUAAACUGUUCCGGGUGAAGGACAAAAAUCUGCGGGUGCUGAUGUUCAGACACAUCGUGAGCGACGCGAAGGCGGCGAAUAAGAAGAGGACGGAUGACAAGUAUAAUCGCACGGUGCAGUCGUUUUUGCACACGGCGAUAAAGGAUGAGAACGAAGCCACGGCGAAGAAGGCGCUCGCGGUGCUGACGGAGAUGUACCGGAGAAAUAUAUGGACCGACGCGAAAACGGUCAACUUGGUGGUGGAGGCGUGCAAGCAUCCAUCGCAAAAGAUCUUAAUCGCCGCGUUGAAGUUUUUUGAAGGUCAAGACGAAGCCGCCGAGGCGGCAGCCGAAGCUGGGGAUGGGAGCGAUUCCGACGACGAUCCGUCGACUCGCGAAUCGGAGAUUAAAUCGCGCACGCAGGGCGUCGCCUCGUCUAAGAAGAAGAAGCAGAAGAAGCUAAAGCGGACGAUUAAGACUAUGCAGCGCAAAGAACGCAACGCGGACAAAGCGAUUGAUUCUCGGUUCGCCGCGAUGCAGCUCAUCAACGAUCCGCAAGCGUUUGCUGAGUUGCUGUUCGGAAAGCUUCAAGUCGGGCACAUGUCGUACGACACGAAGAUGCUGUGCAUCCUCAUGAUGUGUCGCAUCAUCGGCAUGCAUCAACUCAUCAUGCUCAAUGUGUAUCCAUUUUUGCAGCGCUAUAUUCAACCGAGUCAGCUGGAGGUGACGAGACUUCUCGCCGCCGCCGCGACGGCGUGCCACGAACUCGUGCCGCCGGACGCGCUCGCGCCGAUGUUGCGUCAGCUCGUCAACCAGUUCAUUCACGAUCGCGCGCGCCCUGAAAUUGCCGCGGUUGGUUUGAACGCGGUGCGUGAAAUUUGUGCGCGCUGUCCUUUGGUGAUGGAUGAAGAUUUACUUCAAGAUUUGACGCAAUACAAAAAAUCGCGCGACAAGCCGGUGUCAAACGCAGCGCGAGGACUCAUCGCUUUAUUCCGAGAAAUUGCGCCCGGCCUCCUCGACAAGAAGGAUCGUGGGAAAGCGGCGGAUAUGUCAAGAACGCUCAAGGGUUUCGGUGAAGCUGAAGUGGUGGGUCGCAUCGACGGCGUCGACUUGCUUCAACGCGACAUUUUGAAACGUAAACGCGAAGAGGAAGCCGUCGAAAUGUCUUCAGAGGAAGAGUAUUCCGACGAAGACGAAGACGAAGACGAAGACAACGAAGAAGAAGAGGAAGAGGACGAAGAAGAAGAAGAAGACGCGGACGAAGAAGAAGAAGACGAGGAAGCCGAACUGGGUGGACCGGUGGAGCAAGAGCGCAUUCUCACCGACGAGGAUUUCAAGCGCAUCAAGGCGCUCAAAACGGAGCGGCAACUCAACGCCGCGCUCUCCAAGGCGGGCGCGAUGAAGGCUUCGAACGUCGCGACCGAUCACAUUCGAUUAAUGCUUCGCAAGGCGGAUCGCGCGAGUGAUCGUCGGGUGAACCCUGAUUCGCUCGCCGCGACGGGCUUGAAGAAGGCGCACGACAAGGCGUCGCGUCUCGCCACCGUCCUCGCCGGUCGCGAGGACAACGAGUACGGCGCGUCGAGCGCGCGCAAACAAAAGAAGACUGGCGGUUCGAGCAACAAGGAGAAGGACAAGAAGAAA